AUGCCAAUAGAUGCAGAUUCUGCUCAGUUGGACACCCCGACUGAAGACCCAGGAGAGGAGGAGGUGCUUAAACCUCAGGGUCCCUGCUCCUCUAAGUGUACAAAGGGUCAGAAAGGGGAAAAGGGAGAUGGUUUUGGUCUCGGAGGUCUGAAAUUUAGGCAAAGCCCUGGACAGUUCAACCCUUUUACUUCCACAAAGGGAGAGAUGGGAGAAAAGCAGCUUUUCCCAGACUGGGACCUGCUGGAACAGAUGGAAUACCUGGGUUGCCAGGACGACCAGGAAGAACUGGACCCCCAGGUUCUGCUGGCCAAAGGGGUGCUCCAGGCGUUCCAGGGUCUUCCUGGUCGCCCUGGUCCAAAAGGACAGAGAGGAGAGAGAGGAGAGCCUGGAUAUGUUAUAGCCGGGCCGGAUGCAAAUUAUGUUCCUGGACGGAAAGGAGAGCCAGGGUCUUCAGGUCCUCAAGGACCUCCGGGUGUACCAGGGGUCAAUGGAGCACCAGGUCUACCUGGCCAGCCAGGGCCACCAGGGUCACCAGGGGUGUCUGUCAAGGGAGAUCCUGGGGAGCUGGGAGAAAAAGGUUUACGUGGGAAGCCGGGCAUGAAGGGAGACAAAGGAGAGUCGGGGAGAGAUGGUAUUGCAGGGUUGCCUGGUCCCAUUGGCAUAGACGGGGUACCAGGAUUACCAGGAGAGAAAGGACAGAAGGGCGAAGAGGGAAUUGGCAUUCAAGGUAUUCAAGGUCCUCGUGGAGAGCCAGGAGAUAAGGGAAAUAUUGGCUUAAUGGGACCAGUUGGCCCAAAGGGUGAGCGUGGAGAGCAGGGCAUUCAAGGAAUCAUUGGACCUCGGGGAAAGAAGGGGUUCAAAGGAGAGCAGGGAGACAAGGGGGAACGAGGAGAAAUAGGACCAGUCGGACCACAAGGACCCACAGGAUUGACAGGACCGUUAGGGUUAAAAGGAGAUGCGGGUCAAAGAGGGCCCCCAGGAGAUCCUGCCAAGGGUAUACUAGGACCAACUGGAAAAAAGGGAGCAAGGGGGGACAUUGGUCCGGUUGGCCCUACAGGACCUCAAGGGAUAAAGGGUGAACAAGGAGACAAAGGAGAAAAGGGCAGCCCUGGUUUUGGGAUUCCAGGUCAGCGAGGAGAGAAGGGAGAAAAUGGAGAGAGGGGGCAUGAUGGUUCCAAAGGUGACAAAGGGGGUAUUGGAAUACCAGGAAAUCCUGGAGAACCAGGUUUAAGAGGUAAAGAUGGUGCACCUGGGACAAAAGGAGACCCAGGAACCAAGGGGGAACAAGGACCAUCUGGAGAGCCUGGUGACAGAGGAAUAAGGGGUCCAUUAGGGUUGCCGGGAAGACCAGGGGACCCAGGAGAGAAAGGGGACACUGGGAAACCUGGCCUGCAAGGAACUGAUGGAAAGAAAGGGGACAAAGGGGAGCCGGGAAAACCUGGUCCUCCGGGAACACAAAUUAUAGCUGACAACACUGGAUUGACCAGAGUGGUCAAGGGUGAACCCGGAGAGCCUGGUGAGCCUGGUUUGAGAGGAGAAACAGGGCUGCCUGGACCAAGAGGUCCAGAGGGGAAACCUGGAUUACCAGGAUCAUCUCUGGGUGGUUCUGGUCAGGAUGGAGUUCCAGGGAAACCAGGAAUGAAGGGUGACCCGGGACAAAAAGGAGAACCUGGUCUGAGAGGAGAGAAAGGAGACCAAGGCCGGGUCGGGAUUGCAGGAAUGCCCGGUUUACCAGGAACACCAGGGAGACCUGGCAUUGACGGGAAGAGGGGACUUCCAGGAAAAGAUGGAGAAAGAGGACACAAAGGAGAGGAUGGCAAGAAGGGUGAAAAAGGAGGUCCAGGAGCUAAUGGUAAAGAUGGCACUAAGGGGGAGCCUGGACCUCCAGGUUUGCCUGGUAAACAGGUUCUCGUCACUUCUGAGGGCGCCACCAUUGAUGAUAUCCGACAAGCAUUCCCAAUCCCGAUGGGUCCUCCGGGAGCUCCUGGUUCACCAGGAAUGAAGGGUGAUAAAGGAGAAAGAGGCCUAAAAGGAGACAAGGGAGAUGCUGGAGCUCCUGGCAAAUCAGUCAACAUGAGGGACAUUGAAGUGAUGUUUGAAGGCUAUGGCAUUAGGCUGCCUGUGCUGAAGGCUUUGAUUGACAGGCUGCUGCAGGAUGGGAUAGAGGAGCUGCUUCAAGUGCUUGUCACGUCCAAGAAAACAAAAGAAGACAGUCACACCUCCAACGUCAUCACUGAGUACACAAGUUCAGUGAAGUUUGAGCUCAGUGGUCAGCCUCAGUCAGAGUCAGACUCCACUGAUGAUCCUGAUUUAGUCGGAAAGCUUCCCAAGGCUUUUUCAAUUGACCCUUUGAAGGGAGCAGCAGAGGGUCCCACUUUAUGGGCGGACACCACACUGAAUGGAGAGCAUGAACUGGACAGCAUUGAGAAAAAGUUAAAAGAACGGGAGAAAGUAAACGGAGACAGAGCAUCUUCACUCAAAACUAAUCAAACUGUUGUCAAUUCUACUUUCAAUUAUACUACGACCCAGGAGACUGUUUCAGGGGUACCUGAAGGUUUGGUGGAGACUGUUCUCCUCACACAGGAGAAAACAAUAGGACAAAAGAAGAAGAAUAGGGAACGUGGAAAGGGCAGAGGAAAUAAAGGACGACAUAAGAGGCAGAGACAACGCCUGACAAGUGACAAGGACAGGCAAGACAAAGAGGAGGAGGAGGAGGGUUAUAAUGGCGAAGAAUACAGCUAUGAAUAUGAGGAAGAACUUCAUCCAGAGGGCCUGUCUGUCUCACAGGAGAGGAGAGGCAACAGACCGCAGGAAAUCCAUACAGAUGAACUCCGUGAUCUAGUGGAUAAAAAGGAGGAUCACUUACUCACAUACAGUCUCACCCAGUUAGAAACAUCAACAGAAACCUCCAGUCAUCCUCUGCGAUCUUCAUCCGAGGUGGCGACAGAUACACUUAAUGUUGCCUCUACAACCUCAGAGCCACUAUCACAACCCUUAGACGCCAUAGAACAGGAUGAAGUGUCACUGCCCACACCUCCCAUCACGACAGAAGAACCAGUCAAGGAUCUUUCUUAAUUCCCAAGAGACUGUGACUGUAGAGCGUUAAAGCAUUCAUAAGAAAUCACACAACACAUGGAAAAAAA